AAUUCAGAUUCAAGCUUAAAAUUUUAUUCAAAUUUAUUAAAAAUAAUAAUAAAAUUAAAGUUAAAAGAUAUCGUGGGGUAAACAAUUUUCGUAACAGUUUACAAAAUAUAGAAUACCAUAAAGCAAGUGACUUUAUUAUACCUUCAAAAUUUCCUAGAAUUCCUAGCAAAUAAAUAUUUAAUUUUAAGUUACUUUUUAAUUUAUCGCCACAACGAAUUAUAAAAGUUCUAUAUAAACGGAUUCCAACUGAUGACCUAAUCAGAAUAAUUUCUAAACUCCGAAUAUGAAAAGCUUCAAUCUUGGAUUCCUGUUAGUGCUUCUGGUGGUGUUCCUGGUAGCCGAUGAGGCGGAAGCUGAUUGCCGUUCCGAUAGAUACAAGGGUCCUUGCGCUGUCUGGGACAAUGAUACCUGUCGUCGACUUUGCAAGGAAGAAGGACGCAAAAAUGGACACUGCAGUCUAAGCCUAAAAUGUUGGUGUCAAGGAUGUUGAAACAGAAUUUCUUCAAAAAUGUAAUACAAAAUGUGUAUAUUGAUGUUUA